GUGCCCACUCCCCAUUUCUGGGUGUCGGUGACCAUCAGACCAUCAUGAAGGUUUCAAAGGGCCGCUACGACAUCAGCCGAGUCUACAACAACGCCACGCCGUACUGCCGGCAGUUUGUACAGGACUGUCUGGUGCUGUCUCCCAGUGACCGCAGACCGUCAGCGUACUACCUGCUGAACCACGAUUGGCUGAUCAACACGCCGGAGCGCAGAAAACACCGGCAGAGUGCCAUCUUCCCCUCGGCAAAGCUGAAGGCGUACGCGGAGGACUACCGGCAGAGACGCGCGGCGCUCACCACCAAGGAGAAGAUCGAGAUCAGACCCUACAAACACCGACCAGAGACCUUCCACAGACUUCACCACCACAGAUAGCUGGGGCAGAAAUUAACUAAUAAUAUACUGUAUCCAGAGCCAUGCUGAUCUAGUUCUAUGUCUGAUCAUGAUGGUCUAUUGUAUACUGAACUAUGCCUGUAUACAUUGUAGUUGUAUACCUGAAUGGCUAAGGGUUAGGAUCAGACACAGUUAGUCUCUAUUGUAUCCAGAACCAUGCCUUAUAAUCUACAUGUAGUUGCCUGAAUGGGGUAGGGUUAGGCAUGGUUCUGGAUAGUCUCUGUGUAUCCAUUGUAGAUUUGUCUCAGGCAUUGUUCUGGAUACACGUGGGCUAUACAAAACCAUGCCUGAGCAUGGUUCUAGACACUCAUGGACUAUCCAGAGUCAUGCCUGAGCAU